UCGCAAAUAAGCCUAAGAUUGGAAGAUGUUGCCUAAAUUGUUUUUUGUAGUUUUUCUAUCGGUGACUUUAGUUGUUCUUGUUCUUGGGGCUCCUAGGGCAAUCAAAAACGAAGAAGACUUGAAAAAGAGCGUUGUAGAAUUUCUUUCUCAAGAUGAAACAUUUUUAUCAGCAUUGGAGAAUUCUGCAGUAUUGGUUGAUCGUCCUAUGUUAGUAAGACACAGAAGGCAGUCAGAGGCGAAUGGAAUGGAUAUUGAUAGCAUUGAUAACGGGACAGUUGAAGAAAAAGAAGGUUUUUUUGACAGGGCUGCUAAAUUUGUGGUGGACCUCCUACAACGGAUCAAUUCUAGCACCAACACUAUUUCUACUCCAUAUCAACGAUUUGUUGGAAGCAACUUCGCGGAUGAUAGUACCCUCCAUACUGCCUUCUCUUCCAGGGCUCCAAUACCAGCCAGGCAAAUCAGAAACGAACGAGGGAGAAAUGUUGACAACAUAAAUAUGGACUUGACAACAAUUCCCGAAUGGGGAUCCAAUAACUUGGUAGAUUUCAAUGCAAACAAAACACAAGCAUGCCAUUUCUCUAGAAAAGCCGAUCUCACUGUGCCCAACAUAAGCUUGUCAGGAGUAACCAUACCUUUGAAGACACCCAUUUCGAUGCUUGGUAUUACUAUCAGCAAUAACCUUUCGUGGGAAAAUCACGUGAGAUCAAUUGAUAAAACUGCAUCCCAAAAACUUGGUUUUCUCUUUCGGGUCAAGAGCUAUUUCACAUCCAGUCAGUUGCUUAUGAUCUAUAAGGCACAGAUCCGACCUGUCCUGGAAUACUGUUUCCAUAUUUUUACUGUUGGAUUCUGUCCAAAAAAGGACAAUUCGUCUCGUGGGUGA